AUGGCGGCCGCUGUGCAACGGAUUCUGUCCUUAAGUAGAAAUGCUAAAGUGCUUGUAUCACCUUUGAAGACAUCGGUGGUUUCUGUACAGCGUUACAGUCUAGAAGUGUCGACCACUGGAGAGCAAAUUACACACACUGGACAGGUAAGGCUCAAACGUUAGGCUUGUUGGCUUCCCCGGAAAUAUGUAAUUUUGCUACUAACUAACUAGUAAGCUAACGGUACUCACUAGCACCACUAGCUAACUUUUGGCACAGUGUCAGAUGCUGGUGUUAUCAAUUAGGAUUUGCACCCUUGGUCACCCACUUCAGUAGUGGGGUGGUUAGGCGUUUAUUCACAGUCGGUAGGCAUUGCCACUUCGGUCAAGACAAAGCUAGUCAGAGCAAAGGCAGAUUACAAUUUAGCUGACUAGCUGGAGUGUCAUUGUACAUAACUAGCUGUAUGCUAUUUUAUUAAUGGUUGGGAUGAAACUUCACUGGGAUCAUGUAAUGUAUGUAAAUGUGAUCACUUACCUCCUAACUACAGUACCUACAGUGCCUUGCAAAAGUAUUCAUAUCCCUUGGAUUUGUUCAGAUUGUAUUGUGACAAAGUGGGAUUAAAAUUGAUUUCAUUGUGUUUUUUUUUGUCAACAAUCUACUCAAAAUACUGUAAUGUCAAAGUGGAAGACAAAUUCUAACAUUAAUAUAAAUUUGAUUACUUAUGCAACGACUAUUUUAGUUUUCAGCCAAUUUUUAGGCAAGCCUCAAAUUUGACUAAAUAGUAGUAGUAGUAGUAGUAGUAGUAAUAAUAAUAGGGGUUGACAUUAUUUUUUUAAAUGACUAACCCUUCCUCUGUCCCCCAUACAUACAACAUCUGUAAGGGCAAGCAAAGUUUCAACUACAAAGACCAGGGAGCUUUUUGAAAGCCUCAUAAAAAAGGGCAGUGAUUGGUAGAUGGGUAACAAUAACAAAUCAGUCAUUGAAUAACUAUUUUUAAGCAUGGUCAAGUUAAUAAUUAUCCUGUGGAUUAUUUAUUAAACCACCCAGACACAUCAAAGAUAGUCUUCUUUCUUAACUGAGCUGCAGGACAGGAAUGAAACUGCUCAGAGAUGUUAUCAUGAGGCCAUUGGUGAUUUUAGAACAUCUACAGAGUUCAAUGGCUGUGAUGGGUUGAACUGAGGAUGGAUCAACAACAUUGUAGUGACUCCACAAUAAUGACUUAAAUGACAGUGAAAAGACGAAUCCAAAACAUGGAUCUUGUAUGCAACAAGACAAUGAAGUAAUAAACACUACACUGGAGUUGCUUACCAAGAAGACAGUGAAUGUUCCUGAGUGGCCAAUUUACAGUUUUGACUUAAAUCUGCUUGAAAAUCUAUGGCAAGACUUGAAAUUGCUGUCUAGCCAUGAUCCCCAAAGUCUUAACAGAGUUUUCAAGACUUUUGGAAAGAAUAAUGGGCUAAUAUUGCACAAUCCAGGUGUGUAAAGCUCUUAGAGAAUUACCCAAGAAGACGUACAGCUGUAAUUAAUGCCAAAGGUGUUUAUAACAUGUAUUGACUCAGGGAGCUGAAUACUUAUGCAACAACUUUAUGUUAUUUAAUUUAUAUACAUGUAUUGACUCAGGGAGCUGAAUACUUAUGCAAUGACUAUUUAGGUUAUUUAAUUUAUAUACAUAAAAAAAAUGUAUUACAUUUUCUUCCACUUUGACAGGGUAUUUAGUGUAGAUUGUUGAAAAAAAUGAGAAUUAAAUCCAUUGGAAUCCUACUUUGUAACACAAAAUGUGAAGAAAUCCAAGUGGUAUGAAUACUUUUGCAAGGCACUGUAUAUCAUAAUCCCAGCUAUAUCUGAUUGUACUAGCUAUGUUCCUAAUCAGUGUCUGUCUGCGUGUUGUUUCAGGUGUAUGAUGAAAAUGAUCCCAGGCGGGCCAGGUUCGUGGGCAGACAGAAAGAGGUAAAACUACAUCCAAUCUGAAAGGGCAUCAGUAGCAGCCAUGGGACUUCAAUGUAGAAGUUGAAUCCAAUGGCUAAGGGGGCCGUUGAUUCAUAUGACAACCUGUUGAAAUACGGCCUAAAGCCGGGUAUUGAUAGAUUUACAAUGCAUAUCUUGAGCAGUCCACUGAGAGGACUACAACACAGAGUGGAUUACAAUGCUGUGUGUUUCCAGGUGAACAAGAAUUUUGCCAUCAAGCUGGUGGCUGAGGAGCCGAUCAGUGGCAUCGAAGCCAGAGUGGUGUCAUGUGACGGGGGUGGGGGAGCACUAGGCCACCCCAAAGUCUACAUCAACCUGGUAAUGAUUUCUUUAGGAUACACUAGUUCGUCUAUAUGACCCUGAAGUGUACACUGGCUAGUGUAUGUGUACACAAGUUGUUAUACAUGUCACUGUAGUGUACACUAGCUUCGAGUGGUGUCAAGUGAUGAGGGUGGAGGAGCCUGGGCCACCCAAAAAUCUAUAUCAACCUAGUAAUGCUCAUAAGCUCUGACCACAUUAUAGACAUGAGCGCGCAUAGUGAUAUUGUUUUCAAUUUUUCCAUCUUAAGUCCAAUUCACAUGACUCAUGCAAGAACGGCAUUGUGCCAAGCAAGCCAUUGUUUUUCAAUUGAGGCGUGCUUUUGUAGUCAGUGCCACUGCUCUGAGUUCAAGCAAAUGUAACUUUAACCUCACGCUGUGCCUGAUCUCGUGGCUUGCGCGAAUCAAGUGAACAGGCCUUUACAUCAGGUAGAGUUCCAAUGUUUCAGCUUCACACUACAUAGUGAAUUGGUCUAUUUGAUGUGGCGUUCCACCGUGCUAAUGUCUGCUGUUUUCUUUCUGUGUUUCUCCAGGAUAAAGAAACUAAAGUGGGCACAUGCGGCUACUGUGGAUUGCAGUUCAAGCAGACCCAUCAUCAUUGAGACUUGUUCUCAGUCCCUCUCACUCUGUGU